AUGUCCCCUGCUCAGGUAGAGUCUAGGGAAUCGAUAGUCCUGCCGCAAAGUGAUGCUCAAGCGUAUACAUACGAUUGGUCCAGGGACGAGAAAGAGUUCGAAGAAUGUCUUCCAUGUGGCAUAAAUCACUAUACCAGGAAGUACUACAUAGACGAAUGGAUCCCAGCGAAACUCACAGUGCCUGCUAUGCAAACCGAAUUCAAUACAGUUAGACGCAUCUCGCCCCAAACGGGAGAGGGAGAAGUUCUGCUUAAGGGUUGGACAAAGCAUACACAUUCAGAUGGAAAGCCAUAUUUUUAUAACGAUAAAGAUAAAGUAAUCACCGAGGAGUGGUUAUAUGACAGAGAAAUUGCCGAGAAGGUAUCUAGAUACAUCGCCAUACUCAACGACGCCAUUUUGAGGAGGGCCGAAUCGUUUGGUCGCAUCAAAUCCUGGCAUCUAUAUGAAGAAAUCGCAGAAUACGAUGAACCUUCGUGGGUCGGUGAUAACUGCUGUCGCUGCAAAUACUACUUUGCCAAUCAUGAUGAGGAGUCCAUCUUAUGGCUCUCCGGGUGCCGAUUGGAUGAUUAUAUAUGGGAACUCAGGGGUGAAAUAAGCCCGGAUUUCAUUCGCAGAUUAUUACAAAGAGGAUAUUGGUACUUUUCUUCGCAUCUUUGA